AUGGCGCUGUAUGCUCGGCCUGUGCUUCCCGCCCUCAGGCUCCUGGGCCCAGGCGGUGAGCGGGCUUGGGCCCGCAAGCCUCGUAUUACAGUUGGAAGAAGGCCCAUAUCUUUUUCUGCUGGUGCUUCAGGCGUCUUUGGAAGUGGAGGCCACAGUAAGAAGGAGAAGCUUUUCCUGCAGGAUGUGGCUGAGCUGAUUCGAGCCAGAGCCUGCCAGAGGGUGGUGGUCAUGGUGGGGGCCGGCAUCAGCACCCCCAGCGGCAUUCGAGACUUCAGAUCUCCAGGGAGUGGCCUCUACAGCAACCUCCAGCAGUACAACGUCCCGUACCCCGAGGCCAUUUUUGAACUCGGGUUUUUCUUUCACAACCCCAGGCCCUUUUUUGCUUUGGCCAAGGAGCUGUACCCUGGGAACUAUAGGCCCAACGUCAUUCACUACUUCCUCCGACUGCUCCACGAGAAAGGGCUACUUCUGCGGCUCUAUACACAGAACAUCGAUGGGCUCGAGAGAGCAUCUGGCAUCCCAGCCUCAAAGCUGAUUGAAGCUCACGGAUCCUUUGCCUCUGCCACCUGCACCGUCUGCCAAACACCCUCCCCAGGAGAGGACUUUUGGGCCGAUGUGCUGGUGGACAGGGUCCCCCGCUGCCCAGUCUGCACUGGCAUCGUGAAGCCGGACAUCGUGUUCUUUGGGGAGCCGCUGCCCCAGAGGUUCUUGCUGCAUGUGGUUGACUUUCCCAUGGCAGAUCUUCUGCUUAUCCUUGGGACCUCCCUGGAGGUGGAACCUUUUGCCAGCUUGUGCGAGGCCGUGCGGAGCUCGGUGCCCCGACUGCUCAUUAACCGGGACCUGGUGGGGCCCUUGGCUUGGCGUCCUCGCAGCAGGGAUGUGGUCCAGCUGGGGGACGUGGUCCAUGGCGUGGAAAGGCUGGUGGAGCUUCUUGGCUGGACGGAAGAGAUGCAGGACCUCAUCCAGCAGGAAACUGGAAAGCUCGAUGGACAGGACAGAUAGGAGGGUGACGGCUGCCCCACAUAGCAGAAAUGGUUUCACGGGAGUCACAGCCCAUUUCUGGGAGACCUCAUGCCUGAAGAACAGCGUGGGCAGGUUUACCAUUGGCUGAACCAACACAUGGGAGGUCUUCCCAGGUUGUCAGCACUGUGCUGACAGGUAGGGUCAUGUUUAGACUCAAGAGACGCCCCCUCACAGAUGCAAAGGAGCUGCCUUUUUGCUGUGGUUAACUCUUCAUGCUGCUUGAGCUCUUAAUGCCAAAAGCUUUCUGACCCUUUUGAACUCAGACUGACUGCAAUCCCAGACCGGAUCUGCUUCUCCUGUGUCCACGGCUCCAUCUCAAGGGCAGGCUCAGCAUCUCUGUCCGUUAGCAAGACCCAGUCUUGGGCUGAGUGGCCCCAGUUAACGUCCCAAAGUGUGGGCCUGGGUCCCAAAUAAUGCACUAAGGUCUUCUAGCAUCUUGGCCGCCUUAGAAUGGUUCUUUUUAAUUAUUAAGAGAAAGCUCCUUCUCCAUUUCUGGCAUGGAAUAAAUUUUAAUAUAGGAAUUGGGCAUCCCUUCCUUUUGUCUCCUCCAAGGGACUGCACGUGUUGACAGUGAAUGUGGAAAGGGGACCUUGGUGGUGCAUGGGUGUUUCUCCUCUACUGGAAUAAUCCAAGGACUGAGAACAUUUGUCCCCGGAUUCACUCUGGAGAUGGCCCUCGCGCCCUCUCUUCCAGCUGAGAGCCCCCGGCACCCUUCACAUCAUGUUCACUCUACCUGGAUGCGUUUCACAUCAACCUCUCCCCCAGAAAUUCAUCUG